GCGUACGGCGGUGCAGUUUCCCAGAUGCUGAGGGCUUGGGUUUUAGUUCCUCUGUGCUUUGGGGUGUGUUUGCGCUUUGCUUUCACCUUUUCAGAUGUUCGUAUCUUUCUAGACCACGAUUUUAUUGGGAGGUAAAAGUCAAUGUAGUGUAAGAUGCCUUAUGGUGAAAUUGAAGCGAAAUCUUUGGAUCAUGGUGAAGAACUAACAGGUGAACCAUGCUAUAAAAAACUGAAGUCAACUGAAGAGGCGUAUGUUUUUUCCCAUCAUGGUAGUGCUAAUUUCCACAGAAUCCAAGAGAAAACUGGGAAUGAUUGGGUCCCUGUGACCAUUGUUGAUGUCAGAGGUCAUAGUUAUCCUCAGGAGGACAAAACCAAAACUACAGACUUGGUGAAACCUGUGCAUGAUGAGGUUCCUGGCAAUAAUAGAUCAGAUGUUAUUGAAUCCAUUGAUCCACAAAUUUUACAGGAUGCAAGUCCUGCAUUGGUAUCCAAAGAUGAUGAGAUAUAUAGCACAAGUAAAGCAUUUAUAGGACCCAUUUACAAACCUCCUGAGAAGAAGAAAUGUAAUGAAAGGGGAAAUCACUCAGAUGCAAUCAGUGGUACAGAUGGCAAAGGAGGACGAGAACAGAAACAGAAAUUCAACUCCAAAAAAUCAGAGCUUGACAACGAAUUAUUCCAGUUUUAUAAGGAAAUUGAAGAGCUUGAAAAUGAAAAAGAUGAUUUGGAAGGCAGUUGUAAAGAACCCAAACCCUCUGAGGAAAAACUUACUACGUAUUAUCGGGACCAUUAUAAUGAGCUGUUAAAAUCUGAAGAAGGAAAGGAAAGAGAUAUUAGUAAUGUUCUUCAGUCACAUUGUGGUUUUCAGCAGCAGGUGGAGAAUGAACCAGGCAAAUAUCCUUGUAAUGGACAAGUAAUACCUGCAUUCUGUGAAGAUUCGUUAAUUUCCUUCGGGCCUGAAUGGCAGUCAGUGCAUUCUUUUAUAGUACCCCAAGGUCCUCCUCCUCCCAUUUUUAACUAUCAUUUAAAUAUGCAAAGAUUUAAUGCUCCACUAAAUCCACCAUCAAAUAUUUUCCAUGCUCCAGAUGGGUCUCAGCAUCAAAAUGGCUGUUAUGUAAAUAGUUGUCACAUUAACUGGCAUUGUUUUUCUUUUGAUCAGAACAAUGACUAUAUUGACUGUAGUGAGUAUACCAGUAGAGAUCAUUCCCCUGCAAAUGGUUACAGUGUGCAAGAUGCAUAUGUAAGUAAUGGUUUCUGUGAAACCAGGGAAGGAUGCUGGAAAGAUCCUUCUAUGGGCAAGCAUAAUGGAACAGACAGGCUUAUGAACCAGCAGUUUCAAGAGGAAAAGUUAAAUAAAUUGCAGAAGUUACUUAUUCUUUUAAGAGGUUUGCCUGGUUCUGGGAAAACAACGUUGUCUCGAAUUCUGCUUGGUCAGAGUCGUGAUGGCAUUGUAUUCAGCACUGAUGACUAUUUUCACCAUCAAGAUGGGUACAGGUAUAAUGUUAAUCAACUUGGUGAUGCCCAUGACUGGAACCAGAACAGAGCAAAACAAGCUAUCAAUCAGGGGAGAUCUCCAGUUAUAAUAGACAACACUAAUACACAAGCUUGGGAAAUGAAACCAUAUGUGGAAAUGGCCAUAGGAAAAGGAUACAGAGUAGAGUUUCAUGAACCUGAAACUUGGUGGAAAUUUGAUCCUGAAGAAUUAGAAAAGAGGAAUAAACAUGGUGUAUCUCGAAAGAAGAUUGCUCAGAUGUUGGAUCGUUACGAAUACGAAAUGUCCAUCUCUAUUGUAAUGAAUUCAGUGGAACCGUCACACAAAAGCACACAAAGACCUCCUCCUUCACAGGGGAGACAGAGAGAAAGAGAUUUGAAGAAAACUGGUCACAGGCUCAGCAAAACCAAACAGAAGAGAAGCAGAAAAAGAAAUAAAAAGCAGAACAGUCAUAGUAAAAUCAUAGAGGAAAACUCAUUUGAAACCUUAGGUUAUCACAUGCUAGGAGAUCAGGACCCAUCUCAAAGUGAAGAGGAAGACUUGGAAGACACCAAAAGAGAAUCGGCAUACACUUACACUGGUGGACUGGGAAAUGAACAAGGAGAUUUAGUGAACAGCCACAAAGAUAAAGUAUGGAAAAGCAUAAAUCCUGAAGAUAGUUUUCCAAAUGUUGUAUCUGUAGUUGAGCUGGACAAUACACCAAAAAAUUACCUCCCUAAGGAAAACAAUGAUUUGUUUCAAAAUAUGUCAUUGAUGUCAAAUGAAAACUCUGUUACUUGCCCGACAAUGACUCAGAAUCUUUCCUGUGUAGCAAGUGUUGGCUGCUCAGGCAUGAGGGUAGGAAAGCAUCCUGGACAUAGGCAUCCCACAGUAUCAGACAUCCAGGGCAGAUCCACUGAUGUCCCCUGCUCAUUUAUGCAGAAGAGAGAGAAGGUAGAUAAAAGACUCCAGAAUGAAACAAUUCUGUGCCAUCAGUACGGGUCCGGAACCUCAGAGAAAGGUUUAAGAAAGGAACAAGGAGUAAAUGCAACUAAAAGCAAUUAUUGGGCAUUUUUUUCAAACAAUCUAUCUGAUGAAGAAUUGCAGCUGGGCUCUGAGAGACAACCCUGUUUGGGGAGCUGGCCUGAGGGACCUCAUAAAUUUAUAUGUGAACAAAGACCAAAGAAAGAUAGAUGGCAAAGGCUGGCCUCUCCAGACAGCAGAGGACAAUUGAUUACAUUGAUCUCCUCUUCUGAAGAAACUUCAGUACCAAGAAGCAGUCCAGAAACAUUGGUAGAAGAGAAGCUAUUGGUAGAAAAUAAAGAUUUGUCACCCUCCACUGAGAAUACAGAUUCAAUCAUAGCAACAGAAACGAGUAUCGUUAGAAGCUGCUUGCCUAAACUGGAUAUCCCAGAGAGUGACUUGUACUCCACAAAGAAUAAGACGAGGAGAGAGAAAAGGAUUUUCAAUUUGGCACCAAACUUUAACUUACUGGCACAGAACUCUAUCAGUGUAAAAGAAAGAGGGGAAUGUGGCUUGUUGACAGAAAGCCAUGGACUGAAAAUUAUUUUGGAGGAAGAAAAAGAUAGAAUUUCAGAAAUAAAUAAUAAAGAGGAGAAUACACAGAAACUUACAACCUUUAAUCAUCAUCCAUCAUGGUUUUACUUUGAUAUUAUCGAAGAUCCUCCUCUAACUGUUGGUAGACCAUCUUAUUCUCAUUACUUGACAUUUAAUAGACACUCUGUGUAUUUUUACAAAAAUCCUAUUCCUUCUCUUGUGCUACAAUAUACAUCUAGCUUUCGGAUGGUAUCUUUUACAAGCAAGAAAUCAUUUUUGACGUUCAAAUCUCAAACAAGAGUAGAUAACCAACUAAGUGACAUAGGGUUUAGUUCUUCAGCAAUUUUAAGUAGCCAAGCUGAUCCUUUGUACUCUUUUAGGGUCACUUCUGAUCUUCACCUUUUAAAUGAAAGUUUUGAUGAGAAGCUGAGGACAUGGGAAGAACCUAAGCUGUUACAGUUCUUGCAAACUGAGGAUAACCAAGAUUUAACAAGCACUGGCUUUGACGCCCUUAAGCUGCAAUUAUCACAAGGGUUUGCCUUUCAACUAGUGAAGCUUUUUGGAUCCCCUGGAGUUCCGAUGGAAUCUUUGUUGCCUGAUGACUGUGUGGUUUCCCUUGACUGGAAGACACUGAAGAUGAUCUACUUGCAAUGGAAGACAUCAGUAGAGAAAAGACAGAAGAAGAUUGGUUAAAAAUGAGAAUUUCCAGAACUGUAAGUACAGCUUAUUCCAGAGACCUCUGUAUGAUCAGAAGGAAGUGGAUGUUGACAUUAUUUGGUUGUAAUAGCUCUAUGUACCACAAUUGAAGAGUAAAUAUAAAAAACAUAGUCUGUUACCAUAGCAACCCUGUGUGCCAUUGCACAUGUGAUUUUCCAUUUCCUUUAAUGUAGAUCUUUUUGUGAAAUACAACAAAGCUUAGGUUGUUGUUACCAAAUUUAUUUCCAACUUUAUUGGUUAGAACAUAUUUUAGAGCAUUCUGUCAACACAGGGUUUAUGAGGAAUUACCACCCCCGCCCCUCUGCCCCAGAUUGUUGUGUGAUGAGAGCUGGGAAUUAGGGAUAUAGGUUAUAUUUAAAUAUUAAAAAAUUCUCUAGGAAAGGAGGUAAAACAUGUAGACAGACUCACAUUAUAUUUUAAACUUGACAUCAAGCUAACUUUAAAAUAAACACAUUGCACUUUUUUUUUCAAAUGCCUAAAUUAUGAAAUAAACACAGCUGCUAUGAUUUUAGUGUAUAUGUGUCUGCAUUUGAUAAGAAUUGAAUGCACUCUGCAUUUACCAUAUGUUUUCUUUCUUCUUUUUAAUCUUAUUUCUGAGAGUUUUCUGUGUUUCCAUUCCUCAGUUAGAAAUACACAUGUACCCAGUAAAAAUGUUUUUGUGUCUUUUAAACCUGGUUCUGCUGCAAGAAGGAGAAGGACUAAAGGUUUGGGAGAAGAAUCAGAGAUUUGGAGGGACCGCUAGAAAAUGUGGGAUAAAUGUAGUCUGAGGAGCGAUAAGAGGCCAUGAGGAAUUCCAGAGAAAGCAGGUGAAGAAAUUCAUUUAUUCAGUCAGCAAAUAUUUAUUGAGUUGCCUCAGUUCAGACACUGUUUUAUACCCAGAAGCUCUAGCAGUGAAAAUGGUCCUGCCCUCAUGGAGUUUAUGUUAGGACUGAGUUAGGACGGGAGUGUUUUCCCUCCCCACUCCAUGAGACACAUGGCCCCACCGGGACACCAGUACGGGCUGCGUGCAGCCAGCUUGGACAUAUUUGGCUGUGGCCAAUUUGGGAGUCUUUUCCAUCUGCUAAAUUUGGAUGUUUUGUGUCAAGGACACUUUCUGGAGGAUACUUUUGAUUUUUAUAUUCAUCUUCCACAUUCGUGCUAGACUGCCUUCUGGUCUUCUCCUACAGAGCAGUCACCCCUAAUUAUUAAUCUUUUCUUGUGGGCAGAUUUACGAGCGUUGUAGCUAUGGACAGGUUUUUUUUAUAUAUAUAAUGAGAACAUGCCUCCGUGUUUUGUGUCUGGCAUAAUGUACGGAUUAGUGGACCUCAAGGGGUAGAUAGAAAUGUAUAGAGGGAAAUAGCAGGAGAAUGUGGUUGGCUCUAGGAGCCGCAAGUCCCAGCCUGUUUCAAAAUCCUCUUCCUGCUGGUCACCAGGGGGUUUUCUUGUCGCUCAGGGAAGGAGGUGGGGCCCAGUGCUGGAAGGAGGAUGGGUUCCAGCUUUAAGCUAUUGCUGACUGGCUGGCUGACCUUAAACAAGACACCCUCUUGGAGCCUCAAUUUUUUCACCUGUAAAAAAACAGAUUUAUAAUAGCAAUCUGUCAUGGGAAUAUUAAAUGAGGAUUAGCGAAACAACUUGUGCAAAGUACUUAACAUAGUGCCUGAAAAAUAGUAGGCUCUUAGAAGGGUUAAUUCCCUUUCUCUAAAUAUCUCCUUGGGUUAAAGCAUUGUCUUUGAAAUGUCCCAGGCAGAACAGAAAUUAUCUAGGAGAGCAACACAUUGACUCCAUAAGCUUGGUAACACAGUUGCAUGAAUUAGUAUAUUUAUUAUUAACUUUCUCAUGUAAAUAGCUGGAUCCUCAGGGAAUGGGACAGAGAACAGGUUUGGAUUUGGAGACAGGAGGUCAGGCACUGUGAGGGAAACUGACCCUCUCAGAUGAGGCAGGACCAGGCAGGGGAUGGGAACUGUGGGAACAGAGUAAAGGCCUAGAUGCCAGGGGAGUGGCAUAAAUAGGGAAAUAGCCUGAGAAACUGACAGCAGACUCCGGGUAGGUCACUGUUUGUCUGGAAUUGUUUGGCCUGUAUUUUGUUUGUAGUUGAAUUCUUCGGUCUUCCUGGUGCCGUUGAAGAUGCUGACCAUCAAGAAAGACUGCUCAGUGCCCACCCAAAGGAUUAUUUCCAGCGAUAUACUCAUGGGAUACCAAAAUUGGUUUGGAUAAUCUGUCCAACCGUUCUUGAUUAGUUAUCUGAAUAAUAAAAAAACUCGACAAAAGAGGUAACAACUUGAACAUUUUAUUACCUAAUUUUGAAGAUGUUUGCCCUACUUUAAUUUGUUUUAUGGAAGAAAAUAAGGCACGGAAGACUUUAGUAGUUUAUUUUAAAAAUUGCAUCAGGAUGGAAGGGUAAGGCCUUAUAUCCAAGUAUGGUCUGUGAUUCCAUUCCUAAAAUUCUAAAAUCCAAAAAGCUCUGAAAAUCAAAAGCUGUUUUUGUUUUGUUUUGUUUCUUAAAUGUUUGGCAUUAAAAUUAAGUUGGGAGCAAAUAACUUGACUCAAA